CGCUACUGCGCAUGUCCUAAAACCAGCUGUAAAGGGGGCGGAGUCACAGUGACGCACCAGGAAAGGUUCCCCACGCGUGUUGUGGAUCCUGGAGUUUCACGGUGUGUUGAUGAUGUCACCAGAAGAUGAUCAGCUGUGUCUGAACAUCAGCAGCUUCCCCUCCUCAUCACCUUCACCACAGAGGAAGAAACCUCUGACCACUCAGCAGAAAUGGACCUUGAAGAAGCAGCGAGCAGAGAAGAGGCGUCUCGGCUCCUCAGAGGAAGAGCAGAAGCAGAGAUUCUCCUUCAAACAGAGGAGACUGCAGCCCAGUGACACCGCAGAGGAAGAGGAGGAGGAAGAGGAGGAUGCAGACACACAGUCUCAGGCAGACGGGCGGACACCACAGAAGAAGAAGAGAGAGAGGGAGAAGAAGAAGGAUGGAGUGAAGGAGACAGGAAGGAGCAGCAUCAAGACUUCCUCUCUGUUCAAACACAACCCUGAGAUCCCAGAGAUCCAGAGACCUGCUGUCUCUCAAGUCAAAGAGAAGAUUUUCACCAGUGACUCAUUCGCAGACAUGGACCUGCACCCACACCUGGUGGCGACGCUGAAUAAAGUCCUGAAUGUGUCCACAGUGACCAGUGUUCAGAAGCAGACUUUUCCAGUUCUCCUGUCGGGACGAGACGCUGUAGUCCGGUCUCAGACUGGAUCAGGAAAGACCCUGUCCUACGCCGUUCCCGUGGUCCAGAGUCUGCAGGAGGUCCGGCCGAAGAUCAGCAGAUCCGAUGGUCCGCUGGCUCUCGUCAUCGUUCCCACCAGAGAGCUCGCCCAGCAGACGUUUCAGACCUUCCAGAAGCUUCUGAAGCCGUUCACCUGGAUCGUCCCAGGAGUCCUGAUGGGAGGAGAGAAGAGGAAAGCAGAGAAGGCCAGGUUGCGUAAAGGUAUCAACAUCCUGAUCUCGACUCCCGGGCGUCUGGUGGAUCACAUCAAAAACACGCUGAGCAUCGCCUUCAGUGCCGUGCGCUGGCUGAUCCUGGACGAGGCCGACCGGACUCUGGACCUGGGCUUUGAGAAGGAUCUGACGGUCAUCUUAAACAGUCUGAACUCUACCGGCCCGAGCAGACAGAACGUCCUGCUGUCUGCGACUCUGACUAACGGUGUGACUCGGUUAGCAGACGUUUGUAUGAACGAUCCAGUCAGCAUCCACGUGUCUGGCUCCGCCUCCUCUGACCUCACAGCCUCAACCGCCGACGUCAGCACAGUCAGCCAAUCAGAGAGCUUCGCUGUACCGGAGUCUCUGAAGCAGUUUGUGGUGGUGGUCCCCAGUAAGAUCAGACUGGUCUGUCUGGCUGCUUUCAUACUGGACAAAUGCAAGUUUUCUCAGAACAACAAACUCAUCAUCUUCGUCUCGAGCUGCGAGGCCGUCAAGUUCCUCCACUCUAUCUUCACCUCCGUCCUCUCCGGGCCCUCGACCAAUCAGAAGCCAAAGCUCAGCUUCAUGCGUCUCCAUGGAAACAUGAAGCAGGAGGAGCGCUCUGAGGUCUUUCAGGAGUUUUCAACGUCUAAGUCUGGAGUCCUCUUCUGCACGGAUGUGGCAGCCAGAGGUCUGGACCUUCCUCAGGUUACCUGGAUCAUCCAGUACACUCCUCCUACAGCAGCAACAGAGUACGUUCACCGCGUCGGUCGGACCGCUCGGAUCGGAGGAAGCGGCAGCAGCCUCCUCUUCCUCACUCCAGCUGAGACCGCCUUCAUCGCCGAGCUGGCCAAUCACAACAUCAGCCUAUCAGAGAUGAAGCUGUCUGAGAUCCUCUCCUGUCUGAUGUUGGACGACACGUAUAAAGGGCGGGGCAAAUACCACAGCAAGAGUUCGUCUAAAGCUCUGGAGCAGGAGACGAGAGAGCGAGCGACGGUUCUUCAGACGGAGUUUGAGAACGUGGUUCACUCUGACGUUCAGUCGGUGCAGAGCGCAAAGAAAGCGCUGCAGUCCUUCCUGCGAGCGUACACCACCUACCCCGCUCACCUCAAGCACAUCUUCCACAUCCGCUCGCUCCACCUGGGACACACCGCCAAGAGCUUCGGCCUCCGAGACGCUCCCCAGGGCCUGAGCACCUCCACGGGCCCCGGGGCCAGGAACCAGAACAAGACCCACAAGAAGAACCAGACCAGGAGUCCAGUCAAAGACCAGAACAAGGGGACUAGCGGCCCGGGUAAAGGACCGAUCAGAGCCGGUCAGAAGAGGUUUUCUCCCGGUCAGAGGGAGCUCAGCUUGUUCCGCUCUGAGUUCUCCAGCGGGAUGGAGGGAGGAGAGAAGAAGAAGAAAAAGAAGAAGAAGAAGAAGUUUGGGCAGUCAGGAGAGAACGAGGAGGAGGAGGAGGAGGAGAAAUGAGGAGGUGGAGAAGAUGGAGAGAAAUAUGGUGACUGAAGAAGCCGUGAAGAAGACUUGACACAUUUAGAUCUCAGGUGACAGCAGGGAGGUCCUGGAAAGUCCUGGAACCACCGGACUAUGAGCUCAGGGACUGUGACAUGUUUUAAAGACAGUUUGAGCUCACUUAGUCUGAUCCAAAAUGAGAUAAAGUGUUCUCUCACCAGGCGGCUUGUUGGCUGAACACAUUUAAAAUAUCAGAGGUCAAAUAAACACGGUCACAAAAACUACUCCCCACGACACGAGAUCACGGCCACAGGAAGUAGAGAAAGGAAUGAGAUUUAAGUCGUAACUUUACGAAACUAAAGAUGUUAUGUUACAGGAAAGUUGUAAGAGAAUAAAGUCAAACAUUUGGGA